CAAAAAAAAAAAAAAAAAAAAAGUCACUAUAAAAAUGGAUUUUAUUACAAUCUCAAGAAGAUGUCAUCCAAAAGUGGCGUUCUCUUAGCCCUCUGGAAUUGGAAGCUUCCAUUCACACUCUGGCUUUCUGCGAAGGAGAUUAGCGUCCUCUUCAAUCAACUGACUCUACAGACUUGAUUACCUUCAAUCAAUAAUUUUCCAGACGGAUGAAGCGUCUCUCAACACUAAGCCAAUACGUGAUGAUGAUGAUGCUGAUGAAUUUGAGAUUGAAGGAGAUUGUGGAAUAACAGAAUAUGUUGGUCAAACUGGUGCAAUCCAGGGAGAGAAUCCAAUCCCUCCCGCAUUUGGAAUGGAAUUUGAGUCCUAAGAGGAUGUGUAUUACUUUUACAAUUGCUAUGCGAAGGAACAGGGAUUUGGGGUUAGAGUAAGUAAUACAUGGUAUAGAAAGAGUAAAGAGCGAUACAGAGGAAAGCUUAGCUGCAGUAGUGCAGGUUUCCAGAAGAAAAGUGAAGCGAUUUGGCCAAGACCUGAAACAAGAACUGGUUGUCCAGCAAUGAUAAAAUUCAGGUUGAUGGAAAACGAAAGGUGGAGAAUUAUUGAAGUUGAGCUUGAGCACAAUCACUUAAUUAGCCCGCAAGUGGAAAUAGGUGCUGGAACCAAAAGGACAUUGCAAUUAGAUGGUCCUGGUGAAGUGCAGAAAAUUAGGAUGUAUCGCACUGUGAUAAUAGAUUCUGAGGGCAAUAGAGUUGUAGAUGAUGAAGGUUGAUUUGGAAACCUUCUCCAUUCCAAUCAGUUGAAGCUUAGAGAGGGAGAUGCCCAAGCAGUUCAAGAUUUCUUUUGUCGCUUGCAGUUGAUGGAUCCCAACUUCUUUUAUGUGGUGGAUCUCAAUGAGAAAGGAUCUGAUGCAAGGUCAAGGGUUGCUUAUGGCUAUUUUAGUGACGGUGUUGCAAUUGACACUACAUGCUUGAAAGACAAAUUUGAAAUGCCACUGGUUUCAUUUAUUGGAGCAAAUCACCAUGGGCAUUCCAUGCUAUUGGGCUGUGGUUUGCUUGCAGGUGAGACUACUGAAUCAUAUAUAUGGUUGUUGAGAGCCUGGCUUACAUGUAUGUUAGGACAUACUCCACAAGCUGUCAUCACUGACCAUUGCAGAAAUUUGCAAACUGCUGUUGCUGAUGUUUUCCCAAGAGCUUCACAUUGCUUUCAUAUGUCUUGUAUCAUGCAAAGAUUUCCAGAGAAUCUGGGAGGUUUUUUUGAAUUUGAAGCAAUUAAAGAAGCAUGGAGUAGAAUAGUUUACUAUUUUCUGAGGCCUGAGGAAUUUGAAGCUGCUUGGGAGGAGACAGUCCAACAUCUCGGAAUCAGGGAUCAUAAAUGGAUCCAAACUUUAUAUGAAGAUAGGAAAAGGUGGGUUCCUGCUUAUGUGAAAGAGACAUUUUUGGCAGGCUUGUUUCCAUUCCAGCAAAAUGAGUUGUGCCUUCGAUUUUUGAAGGGUAUCUGGGUAAACAUGCUCCUCUAUGAUCAAGCUCUACAGAUGAAUCAUCAACUUGAAACCUUCGCAGAUAUGGAUUCAAGGAAUUCAACUUUAAUGCUGAAAUCUAGAUGUUAUUUUGAGCUGCAACUCUCAAAAUUGUACACAAAUGAAAUAUUUAAGAGGUUUGAAAAGAAGGUGGAGGGCAUGUAUGCUUGUUUUAGCACAAGAAAGAUAAGUAUUGAUGGGCCAUUAAUAACAUACAUAGUCAAAGAACAAGUUGAAGUUGAGGGUAACAGGCAGAAGACAGAGGACUUUGAUGUUAUGUACAAUGCAUCUGAAAUGGAUAUUCUGUGUGUUUGUGGUUUGUUCAACUUUAAGGGUUGUUUAUGUAGGCAUGCCCUAUGUUUCCCUAACCAAAACGGCUUGGAGGAGAUCCCAUCUGAAUACAUUCUUACAAGAUGGAGAAAAGAUGUAAAUAGAUCCUAUGUUCUUGACCACAGCUGCGGUGGUAUCGAUACUAAUCACCCAGUUCACAGGAUUGACAGGUCUUGAGCUCACAGACCUGACAUGGAAGUCCCAUUAACAAGAACAGAAGCAAGGAGAAAGAAAGGAAAGAAGGAGAAGAAGAUGCAAGAAAGAAGGGGGCAGGAAGAUUCGAGAAGACGAAAGAAGAGAGAUAUAUGUUGUAUUUUUUUAUUGAUUGC